AUGAAAGUAGGAUUUAAUUCCCCAAGAAUGAAUGGGUUAGAUGGAUGGCCACUACCUAGUCCUAGACGUGUUAGUAAUGUCGUACUAAUCAGUGAUUUCCAUGAAUCCAUUGGACCAUGUUUUCCUAUCGAGAUACCUGUAAAUGAUAACUUUUUUAAACCAAGACGUUGUAUGAACUUUGUAAGAUCUAUGGAAGUAGAAGAUCCUAAUUUAAAAUGUCAAUCCCUAUUUGUUCGAAUGCACAACCGAAUAGCGAGACAGCUCCGACGAAUGAAUCCACGAUGGAAUGACGAGAGCUUAUUUCAGGAAACGAGGACAAUAGUAGCGGCUAUUUUACAGCACAUUACUUACAAUGAAUGGCUACCUUUGGUUGUUGGAACAGAAGCGGCCAGGAAAUAUAGGUCCGGUAGGGGUUUAGAUCUUCUUGUGGAAGGCAUGUUGAUAGAUUCAAGUCAAGACGUUGAUCCAAAAUUCGGUAAUGGACUCAAAAAUAGAUUGUUUGAAACACUUUUGGCAGCUGGUGUGGAUUUGCCGGCCAUUAAUAUACAGAGGGGUAGAGACCAUGGUUUGGCACCUUACAAUGAAUACAGAAAAUUCUGUGGAUUGAGACCUAUCAGGUUUGAUGGAAGUACGGCACAAGUUCGAGAUUUGGCCAGAACUUACGGAGACCCGGGUGAUGUGGAUUUAUAUAUCGGUGGCAUGACAGAACGUGCUGUACGUGAUGGUGUUGUUGGUCCAACAUUCGCCUGUAUCAUUGCGCAUCAAUUUUACAACAUAAAAUAUGGUGACCGAUACUGGUUUGAGAACCUUCAGCCACCAUCUUAUUAUAACUAUCAUCUUAGUAACCCAUCUGCUUUAACCAAAGGUACGUAUACACAGAGUUUGAUCAAGUGA